AUGGGGGCAACCAUGUCCAAGAACGCUACUUCCAGGUCCCAGUCGCCAUACGAAGCUCUCCCUUUAUCGCACGGAGAGAUACGCGUCCUGAAGGUUGCGCUCGGAAGUGGCGACGACAUAAUCAAGUGCAAGAUGAAACGCAUCUCGCUGCGCACCUGGCGCGUACGAACCUAUGAAACUAUCUCAUAUUGCUGGGGAGCUCCUCGAGAUCCGUCCACCAUAGAGCUCAAUGGACACCUGACAAAAGUACCGGCAAGCUCAGAGGCCGCUGUUAGACGCAUGCGACUCAGCGACCGACCGCGAGUACUCUGGAUCGAUGCCAUAUGUAUCGAUCAGUCGUCGACGACAGAACGCAGUACACAAGUAGCUUUCAUGGGAACAGUUUACAGCACCGCAAAGCACAACCUCGUUUACCUUGGCGAAGAUGACGACAACAUGGCUGAUAGAGGUAUGAAGGCUCUCGAAGUCGUUGCGGACGACAUGCGCGCCGCGACUGCAGACUUCACCCUAGUGUGGGAAACCAUCCGCAAUGAGAAUACGGGUGUCAUUGUAUCCUCAAACGAACCGUUUAGCGCGGAUGUAGAUUUCGAAUCUCUUGAAGCUCUUUUCAAUCACCACUGGUUCAGGUAA